CGGAUUUUAACGAAAACUCACGAAUGCCACGUUAGCAAGCAAACGUGCGAAUACGAGUGACCAUAUUCAGCAUUGUACCGGGACCUUUUGUGCAAAAAUGGAUGUGUUGCAUAUGUUGUCCUUUUUGAUUGUUUUGACAGUUGUUUCAGUUGAUUCUCUCAUGUUUCACUUGGGAGCAAAUCAAAAGAAAUGCCUGAAAGAGGAGAUUCAUAAAGAUGUUUUGGUAACCGGCGAAUAUCAACUCUCUGAUGUGCCAGGUCACAAAACACAGCUUCUGGUGACAGAUUCCAAGGGUCAUAUUCUUUAUCAGAAGGAUGAUGCAAAGAAAGGAAAGUUUGCUUUCACAACAGAGGAGUAUGAUAUGUUUGAAAUCUGCUUUAACAAUAGAAUGCCAGGUGGUGGCCAGAGUCCAGAUAGAGAGGUUUCUUUGGACAUGAAACAUGGAGUAGAAGCUAAAAGCUAUGAUGAGCUAGCUAAAGCAGAGAAGCUGAAACCAUUGGAAGUAGAGUUGAGACGAUUAGAAGAUUUAUCAAAAUCUAUUGUAGAUGAUUUUGAGUACAUGAAAGCCAGAGAAAAAAUGAUGAGAGACACAAAUGAAUCCACCCACUCCCGUGUGAUGUACUUCAGUAUCUUUUCAAUGUGCUGUCUACUUGGACUAGCUACAUGGCAAGUGCUCUAUCUGAGGAGAUUUUUCAAAGCCAAGAAACUCAUUGAAUGAACACAGAGCAAUAUAGGACUAUUAGGAACAUUUUUAUUUAUUUUACUUCUGGAGUCACUUUUUCUGUAAUUCAAGAGAAAAUUCUUAUUUUUGGGAUUGGUUUAAAUAGUCAUAAUUUAUUUUAGAUAUAAAAUUUUGGAAUUGGAAAAAGAAUGUUUAAUUAUUGAAUGAAAAUACAAUUUUUAAUGUUGUUUUUUCUCCAAAUUAGCUUUAAUUUUUUUUUCUAAAUUCAAGAUUCAGAGAAGGUUACAGAAAGCUUUGUUUUAUUUGGUUUGAGUGUAAUAUGUGAAAUAAAAUACUGUGUGUUUCAUUUUGAUCUAUGACGAGGCAACUAAUUGAAAGAAGUGUCAUUCAUUCACAAGUUUGAAAAUGUGUAAAGUCUUGGGUUUUUUGUGUGUGUUCUAUGAUGAACCAAAAGUGUUCCCAUUUAAAACAUGUACAUAUGGUGUAUUUAACAGUUUAAUUUUUGAAAGUUUCAUAUACUAGUAUCAGUUUUGUUGAAUGUCAAUCACAGAAGAUUAAUUUUUGUCAUUUUGUAUGAUAAAAUAAGCCAUCUUAAUUCUCAGUCACUGUAUGAAACAUGUUGAAAUAUUUGCUAGCCAGGAUGAUCAAUUUUUCCAAUUAUUAUAAAAAUUGCUAUAAUUGUCAGCCCUGAUAAAAGUUACUAGUCUUAAGUUAUAGGGGGAAUGAAAAUUCUUACACUGUUCACAAUCUAUAAAGUUAAUGAAAGAAAAUUUCCAGUCAUUUGAAUGCAAGUUUUCUUGAACAAUAUGUAUUACCAAGUUUAAUACGUUUCAGAAUAAAGAGUCCUGGACUGAUCUCUGUGUAAUUAUAUGUAUGGUAGCCACUGCUUCUUAUUUUGAUGUGUAAUCAUUACCGUUUGGUUGUUCAUUGUUUAUAUUAUUUAUUUCUCAUUGUAUGUAACAUUUAACUGGUGAUUUCUGCAGGUUAAAGUUUUUGCAAUUUUGUUCUUCAAAGUGACAUCUUUGGAUUGAGAAUUUUUAUUGACAGUAAAUUCAACGGAUUUUUUGCAAUUUUGUUUGGAGCUUAAUAUUCUUUGAUAAUAGUAAAAAUUACCAGUGAUAUUGUAAAAGGGGUUUUAAAAUAAGAGCUAUUUUUGUACUAUAGAUUUGUUUAGAGAGAUUGUUUACAUUCCUUUUAGUUCCCAAACCUAGUACCCAUAUACAUAUUUGAAUGUUUAAAAAACAAAGUUUAACCAGAGUGUUUGACUUUAUGAGAGGCAUGAAGAAUGCAAGUCCCUGAUUUGUUUUCUUGACUCAUAUUUUUCAGUUAAGUGAUCUUGUUUCAGUGAAUAUUUAUAUAUAGAAUCUGUCAUCUUUUAUUAUUGUCACUUGAAAUGGAAGUGUGUGAUGAUUGUCUUGUGUAAGUAGUUAAAUAACAUCAUGUGUGUAAGUCUGUGAAAAGUUUUAUCAUUGACUGAUAAAAGUUAGAUACAACUUU